AUGUCCAACAACGAAAGAACUUUCAUUGCUAUCAAGCCAGAUGGUGUCCAAAGAGGUUUAAUCGCCUCCAUCUUGUCCAGAUUCGAAAACAGAGGCUACAAGUUGGUCGGUAUCAAGUUGGUCCACCCAACCGAAGCUUUGUUGAGAAACCACUACGACGACUUGCAAGAAAAGCCAUUCUUCCCAUCCUUGUUGUCCUACAUGUUGUCCGGUCCAGUCUUGGCCACCGUCUGGGAAGGUAAGGACGUUGUCAAGCAAGGUAGAGCUAUCUUGGGUGCCACCAACCCAUUGCAAUCUGCUCCAGGUACCAUCAGAGGUGACUUCGCCGUUGACAUGGGUAGAAACGUCUGCCACGGUUCCGACUCCGUCGAAUCCGCCAACAAGGAAAUCGGCUUGUGGUUCAAGAAGGAAGAAUUGGUUGAAUACAAGUCCUCCUUGUUCUCCUGGGUUUACGAGUAA